AUGGAUUCGGAUUGUAGCUAUCACUACACGGACAAUUUCCUCAUCGACCCAUACGUGGAGGAGUUGAAGGAAGAGAAGAGGCGCCGCAAGGAAAUGGAGAAGAUGAAGCAGCAUUGGGACAUGGUUGGAUUCGUCGCCGACGGCCAAUAUGGGAUUCCGAGAAGAUGCCCAUGUGGUGGAUUUAUCAAGAACGAUGUAUCUCCUUCUCCAAAAUUUAAACACGAUUUCGAUACUCAACCAGGCAGUAGGUACUUCACCUGCACCAAAUUUAAGGAUGAUGGACUCCACUUUCGUCAGCCAUGGGUUUUCGGAGUCGAAGAAGAGAUUGCGAAGCUAGUUAAGAAAGUUGAAGAGCAGAGCAAGACGAUUGAAGAAAUGCGAAAACAGAUUCAGAUCCAAGCCGAAGAGAUAGCCAAGCUCAAGACUUAG